AUGACAUUCCUUGGAGGAAAGAAUGCAGAUUUAAGUUGUGGCAUCACCAAGAACCAGACCUCAACAAUGAGUCUCAGAAGCAAACGCAGCGGAUCUCGCCCAGGACUUUAUGCGUCCUCUGGCUUCAGCAGCAUGUCCAUGGGCUCCUACAACAUCCCAAAUAUGAGCAACGGGGUGAACAUGGGGCCCCCUAUUACAGCAGUGACCAUCAACCAGAGCCUCCUCGCCCCAGUCAACAUCUCCAUCGACCCCACGGUGCAGGCAGUCCGCACUCAGGAAAAAGAACACAUUAAGACUCUCAACAACCGCUUUGCCUCCUUCAUUGAUAAGGUGCGAAACUUGGAGCAGGAGAACAAGAUGCUGGAGACCAAGUGGAGCAUGUUGGACGGUCAGACCAAGGCCGUGUCGCAGACGGAGCCCAUGCUGAAGGCCUACAUCGCGUCUCUGCAGCGACAGCUCGAGCACCUGAACAACGAUAAAUCUCGCCUGGAAAUGGAGAAUGCAGUCAUGCACAAGAACGUGGGCGACUACAAGUCAAAGUAUGAAGACGAAAUCUCCAGGAGGAAUGACGCAGAGAAUGACUUUGUUCUGCUCAAAAAGGAUGUUGAUUCGGGGUAUUUAAGCAAAGUGGAACUGCACGACAAAGUGAUUUCAAUCGAUGAGGAGGUGAACUUCCUCAAGGCUGUCUAUGACGCUGAGAUCCGUGAGCUGCAGGAAAGCAUGAAGGAAACGUCGGUGGUGGUGCAAAUGGACAACUCCCGUGGCCUCAACAUGGAGAAGACCCUCGCUGAUGUGAAGAACCAGUACGAGGAAAUCGCCGGUCGCAGCCGAGUGGAGGCAGAGAACUGGUACAAGACGAAGUUUGACAAAAUGGCUGAGGAGGCUGACCAGUACGGGAGCGAGCUAAAAAACAGCAAGAGCGAAAUUUCUGAGCUGACAAGAAUGAUCGGCCGUCUGAGGAACGAGAUCGAGGCCGUAAAGGCUCAGCGUGCCGCACUGGAAGCUCAGAUCAGGGAGGCAGAGGAGCGCGGUGACCUGGCCAUCAGAGACGCCAACGCUCGCAUCCACGACCUGGAGCUGGCUCUGCAGAGGGCCAAGCAGGACAUGGCCCGACAGCUCAGGGAAUACCAGGAGCUCAUGAACGUCAAACUGGGCCUGGACAUCGAGAUCUCCACAUACAGGAAACUGCUGGAAGGAGAGGAACAGAGGCUUGGACAAGAAACAAUCUUUAACAUUCAGACAGUGCCCAACAGAAGCUACUCCAAGAACAAGCUUCAGAGAAGAACAUCAGGUCCCCUUGUCAUCAAGACCGUGGAAACCAACGAUGUGACAUACAACAACGACUUGUAA